AGCUCUUCUUGCCGUUUGACAUUCACGACCACGACGAACGACCAUCUCUUUAAUUUGUCGCGGACAGGACAGAAGGACAGGACAGACAGCAGCAGACUCGCAUCAUGACUAGCUCUUCGCCAACACCGGAUAUCGGUUCUCUUUCGCUCUCUUCCCAGCCCUCGCACCAACGUCUGCACGACACUUAUGACUACGACGGCAACGGCGGCGCAUCCAACAACGGCAGGAACCCCCUUUACUUCCAGACGUCCCCCUCCGUCCCCGUCCAGUCGCAGUACAACCCACUCACCCUAAACCAGUCCCCCCUCAAGAACAAGACCAUCCGCGGCGGCCUCCCAUCUCAAUGGCUUGACAAUUCUACCAUGUACCCCGAUAAUCGCUCCCUCUCGCCCCCCAACAACUCGGAUCUUUCCUCGGGAGGCGGCUCGCCCCCACUCCCGAACAUCACCACCCCGGGCAUGCCAGGUGCACUAGGCCAGGGUGCUGACGAUGAGAUUAUACCCACCGCAAUCGUCAUCAAGAACAUCCCUUUUAAUGUCAAACGCGAGACCCUCCUUGAUAUCAUCGUCUCCCUCUCCAUCCCAACCCCCUACGCGUUCAACUACCACCUCGACCAGUCUGGCUCCUUCCGCGGCCUCGCCUUCGCCAACUUCCGCCAAGCCUCCGACGCCGACGCCGUCGUCGCCGCUCUGAACGGCUUCGACGUCCAAGGCCGCAAGCUCCGCGUCGAAUACAAAAAAGUCCUCCAACAGGGCGAAAAGGAGCGGAUCGAGCGCGAAAAGGCGAUCCGCCGGAUGCGCUCCAUGCAGCUCGAGAAGGAACAACUCCAACAACAAUCGCCCGCGCAGCAGUUCCAGCAGCAGGGCCUCCAGCUCGCCCAACAACAGGGAGUAGGCACCCCAUACGACGACUUUGGGCCGAUCAUGCCCCCGGGGACGUCCUCGUUCGUCCCACAGCGUUCGUUCUCGGCGGGCAAUACGGCAGCGUAUGGUAGUCCGCAGCAGUACUCGCCUCCGCCGCCGAUGCCGAUGCCCAACCAGUACGGCAUGCAGACGCACACGCCGCCUCCGCAAUUGCAACAGCCGAUGAACGCGGUGUCGCCUGGUCCGUCCGGCGGCGUGAAGAGCCCGUCGAAUGAGCUCGAUCUGAACGAUCCGUCGACGUUGGAGAUUUAUUCGAGGAUCUUGUUGUUCAAGGAUGACCCGAUGCGGGACGAGCUCGCGUUCUCGAGGACGCUCAGUCCCAAGCAGAGGAGGGUCGUGCAUCUGAUCGCGCAGAAGUUGGGCGUGUAUCAUUACUCGACGGGCGAGGGCGAGGACAGGCAUGCCGUCGUGACUCGUAUCGACCCCGAAAAGAGACAGCAACAGCACCCAGCCCUGCAACGCGUUCCCUCAGCGUACCUCACCCCGUCCCCCUCCAUGGCCCAAUCCCUCCGCAUGAAGAAAUCCAUGCCGGACAUGAAGACGCUACACACGCAAGCUCCCCGCCUCACCACGCGCGCCUCCAACGGAAACAUUCGCGAAGGCUACGCCACCAUCGCCUCGCCCUCGCGUCGCUCUCCCGGGGGGUUCGGCGCUCUCUUCGGGCAGAACCUCAAUUUUGGCGCGAACAACAACAACUCGCCGUCCAACAACAACGGGAGCGGGGUGCCUCCGGUGCCCAGUCUGCCGGCGAGCGUGUUGACAGGUGUGGGCGUUAAUGGCAACGGUGGUGCGGAUAGCCCGACGAGUGGAGGGGUGGUGAGGCAGCCGAGGGGUCCGGGGGGUGGUGUGGGCGGGUUUGGGACGAGGAGGGAGAGGGUGGCGGUUAGUGAGACUUUGUCGAGGGGGAACGGGGGCCUGGAGGCGAGGUCGCACGAGCCGUUGGAGAUGUGAAGGGUGGGGUAGGUCGAAGUCAUUUGGAUCAUUAGAGAAUGGACGGUUAGGUUUGAAUCCUCAAUCUCGGUUCAUGUUUGCUUAUCCCUUUUGUGUCUACGUUCGUGAUUAUCUGGUGCUGAAAUAUUUUUUUCUUCUUCUGCUUGCUUACGCGGAUUUCCAUCUUUCGGUUUCGCUCGCUAUACAUGAUCUUGUAUAUUUCCUUUCGGCAACGCAACGCCAGCAUUAACGCCUCUUUACUCUCUGCUCCCUGCUCGCGCUCUUUCCUCUGGUUCUCCUUCUAACCAUCUUCUUACUCGCACUCGUACGUCAGUCAGUGGAAGUUAUCGUCGCUCUUUUUUAGGGAGAACCGGGAAGCUCUGUCUAUGUUCUCUAAUACACCAAUCCAACCAACCAACAUACUCCCACCUCACCUUACUCAGUACUCAAUACUCAGUCCAGUCCAAUCGAUGUCGCAUAAAGUCGUUCCUUCUCUCCCUCUCCCUCUCUUUUCUCGUUCUCGUUCUACUCCUACUUGUUCUCUCGGUUCUGUGCCCCAGUUCCUUCAAAGCUGAAUCCCUACCUACUUGCUACAACCGGUUAUUUUAGUGCUCAUCCUUUGCUCCGUUCUCGUUUCUUCCUGCUGCAGUGCAUGGCUUCCCAUCUCUGGGUUUCUCUCUCCUUCGUCUUCGUCUCUUCGUCUUCGAUCUGAUUCUGCUUACUGCUCCAUCCCAUCCGGGUCGUAAUUACUCUUACUCUGCUCAUGUCCAUCCAAUUCCAAUUUCACUCCAUAUUACAC